AUGUCCACCAUCUCCAAGAUCCACGCCAGACAAAUCUUCGACUCUCGAGGAAACCCCACCGUUGAGGUUGAUGUCCACACCGAGAAAGGCCGAUUCCGUGCACAAGUUCCCUCAGGUGCUUCCACCGGUGCCUACGAGGCUAUUGAGUUAAGAGACAAAGGAUCCGACUAUGUCGGUAAAGGUGUCUCCAAGGCCGUCAAGAACGUCAACGAAGUCAUCGCUCCCGCUCUUAUCGAUGCUAAAAUCGCCGUCACCUCCCAAAAGGAGAUCGAUGAUUUCCUCAUCAAGUUAGACGGUACCGACAACAAAGGUAAACUCGGUGCUAACGCCAUUCUUGGUGUCUCCAUGGCUGUUUCUGAAGCCGGUGCCGCUGAACAAGGCAAACCUCUUUACGCUUACCUCGCUGGUAUCGCCGGUGUAUCUGAGCCCUACGUUCUCCCCACCCCCGCUUUCAACGUUAUCAACGGUGGUUCUCACGCCGGUAACGCUCUUGCUUUCCAAGAAUUCAUGCUUCUCCCAACCGGUGCUUCUUCCUUCACCGAAGCUAUGAAGAUGGGUUCUGAGACUUAUCACACUCUCAAGAAGGUCAUCACCAAGAAGUACGGUAUUGAUGCCGCCAACGUUGGUGACGAAGGUGGUUUCGCUCCUAAUGUUUCUGGUGCUGAGGAAUCCCUUGAUCUCCUUACCGAGGCCAUCAAACAAGCUGGUUACACCGGAAAAGUUCAAAUCGGUCUUGACGUUGCUUCUUCCGAGUUCUACAAGGAAGGCAAAUACGAUCUUGAUUUCAAGAACCCUAACUCCGACUCCUCCAAAUGGCUCUCCGGUAAAGAGCUCGCUGAUCUCUACCACUCUUACGUCGAGAAAUACGACAUCAUCUCCAUCGAGGACCCCUUCGACCAAGAUGACUUUGAGGCCUGGACUCACUUCACCGAGACUUCAAGCAUCCAAAUCGUCGGUGAUGAUUUACUCGUCACCAACCCCAAGCGAAUCAAGACUGCUAUCGAGAAGAAAGCAUGUAACGCUCUCUUGCUCAAGAUCAACCAAAUCGGUACCAUCUCUGAGUCUAUCCAAGCCGUUCAACUCUCUCAAUCCAACGGUUGGGCUGUCAUGACCUCUCACCGAUCCGGUGAGACCGAGUCCACCUACAUCGCCGACCUUGCCGUCGCUCUUAAGACUGGUGAGAUCAAGACUGGUGCCCCUUGUCGAUCUGAGCGAGUUGCCAAAUACAACCAACUCCUCAGAAUCGAGGAAGAGCUCGGUGACAAAGCCGUCUUCGCUGGUGCUAAAGGUUUGAGCAAAGGUACAACUGCUCCUGAACUCAAAGAUAACUAA